GUAACUAUAAAAGCAUCGCCUUGCACAUCAACUCCCAUCCCUUCUAACCAUCCCAAGGAAGAACCGAUUCCUCCUACUCCAUUGCUCACAGCACCCAUACAAACUCCUCCACCACAAUAUCCUCCGACAUCAUGUCCGCCGCCACUGACAGCGAGCAGAUCUCCGACGUGCUCGUCCUCCUCGGCAAAUACCUUGACCACAAGAACUUCGACUUCCUCGACAGCGUCUUCACCUCCGACGCGGUCUUGGUUCUCCCAGGUCACUCCUCCCCCAUUAUUAAGGGCCUUCCCGCGAUCAGCGCCGAGCUGAAAAACAUGCGCUGGGAAGGCAACUUCUGGGACGAAUCGGCCAUCCACUCGAUUGAAAUCACCAGUGCAACUGCGGCCUCGACGUUGUCGCGUCUGGGGAAGCCUCUGAUGCCCCGGACGCUGUGGUUUGAGGAUGAUUUUGUCAAGGAUAAGGGUGGGUGGAGGAUUACGGAGAGGAGGAUCUUGCUGCAUCCGGGGGAGGUUGAUUCCAAGGACUGGUACAGUACGACUCUUGAACCGAUGAAGGCUCCUUCCCCUUAGCCCUUAGGAAGACUCAGCUAUGACUCUCAUGUCUUUUGAUGAUUUAUUGUCUUGAUGAUUUUUCUGUCUCUCUGAAGUGUUGUUUCUUAC